UGUGUGUGUGUGUGUGUGUGUGUGUGUGUGUAAAGUGUGCGCGCGCAACCUGAGCACAGAGCGCCCUGGCUUUUCAACCACCGGGGACCAAACUCCAACUUUCUCUGGCAAGGUUUCUCUGCUAAGAUGGAGAGCGGCUGUAAAUGAAGAGCUGAAAUCCAGAGGAGAUCCAUUUAAAAUGAAAAAUGAGCAGAGGGGGGGCAUUAACGGUGGCAUGUGCUAAUAAGACAUUCGCAGAUUUCUGUGCAUGUACCCAGCGGCAAGUCUUUACCCUUUGAGAGACAGCAGCGGAAACGGAACUAUUUUUAGAAACAAUGUAGAGGAGUUUAUCAAAGCGGAGCUUAAAGCAGUGGUUUCGUGACAUUCUGCUGCUUUUAAUGCUGCAAUUUUUCUGAGCCUCCUAUCUGCGCUUGCCGUAUCACGGGGACAGGACGAUGUAUUUAUAUCUAUCUUAUCUUAGCUAGUGCCGAAUGAUGCCUUUCCCUCUCCUGCUCUCCAGUAAAGCACACCGGGGGACUGCAAACUUUCGCGCCAUGGAAUCUUCUCCACUUAAUGGCAACGGCGGCUGCAAUGCUUUUGGGACCUCGUGUAGUUUUGCGUCUUUUCCGACUCUUAGAAUUUUUAAAGAACAUUGCAGUUGGAGAUGUGAAUGAGAAUUAGUAUUGACUGAUAAAGAACAACGGGGAAAACCCGUCUCUCAUCCUCUUUACUUCCGUCAAGUGUGAGCACCUGUUUUUGCCCGCUCCUAUGGGACUUAAGCACUCGUCCCGCUGCAUGCUCCUCAGGAGAAAAAUGGCGGAGUCUGACAGCAUUGAGCAACCACAGCCACGGCCAAUCCGUAUAAUUCCAUCCCAGUCGACACAGCCCACCUCAUUGCCCAAGCCGGUGCCUUCCAUCCAGCAAGCCUCACACCCUUCUCUGCCGCCGCACACGCCCCAUGUUGCCAGCCUUCCCAGCUGUCCAGGGCGGGGGAAGAUGUCCAAAUUCCUUAGCCCAGAGGAGAUGACCUCACGAGACUACUACUUUGACUCUUAUGCCCACUUUGGUAUACAUGAGGAGAUGCUGAAGGACGAAGUGAGGACGCUCACCUACAGGAACUCCAUGUACCACAACAAGCAUGUCUUCAAGGACAAAAUAGUGUUGGAUGUUGGAAGCGGGACCGGGAUCCUGUCCAUGUUUGCAGCCAAAGCGGGGGCAAAGCACGUGUAUGGGAUUGAAUGUUCAAGUAUAUCUGAGUACUCAGAGAGGAUCAUCAAGGCCAACCACCUUGACAGCGUGAUCACCAUCUUUAAAGGCAAGGUGGAAGAGGUCGAGCUUCCUGUUGACAAGGUUGACAUCAUCAUAGCUGAGUGGAUGGGCUACUGCCUCUUCUAUGAAUCCAUGCUCAACACUGUCAUCUUUGCCAGGGACAAAUGGCUGAAACCCGGUGGAUUAAUGUUUCCUGACCGUGCCUCUCUGUACGUGGUGGCCAUAGAGGACAGGCAGUACAAAGACUUCAAAAUACAUUGGUGGGAGAACGUGUAUGGCUUCGACAUGACCUGUAUCCGUAAUGUUGCCAUGAAAGAACCCCUGGUGGACGUAGUGGACCCUAAACAGGUGGUGACCAACUCCUGCCUCAUCAAGGAGGUGGACAUCUACACAGUGAAGACUGAGGACCUCUCAUUCACCUCCGCGUUCUGCCUGCAGAUCCAAAGGAACGACUACGUCCAUGCGCUGGUCACUUACUUCAACAUUGAGUUCACCAAGUGUCACAAGAAGACUGGUUUCUCCACCGCACCGGAUGCUCAGUACACCCACUGGAAGCAGACCGUGUUUUACCUGGAAGAUUACCUGACGGUGCGGAGAGGAGAGGAGAUCGUCGGCAGCAUCGACAUGAAGCCUAAUGAGAAAAACAUUCGAGACUUGGACUUUACCUUCGAGCUGGAUUUCAAAGGACAGCUGUGUGAAGCGGCCAUAUACCACGACUACAAGAUGCGUUAAGGUGGACGGGGGGACGCUGGUGCCCCGCUGAGUACAUGCCCUGAACACCAGAGGGAGACAGAGACACUCCCAUCUACACAGACAGGCACAGCGUGUGACGGCCGUAGAAUAAGAGAAAACACAAGGCCGAAGACCAAGCAGAUGUGGCCCACUGGCAAUGGGACUGUUGUCACUACGGUGUGUGUUAAAGGCAAGAAGUUACUCGUGUUGAAAGUUAAAUUAAUCUGAAUGUAAAGGUCAAGAGGUCAGGAAUAUUUCCUAGUCUUGAUAAAUGUUAUCGAUUAUUGAUGUGCGUAUAUGUGAGAUGGAGUGAUGUACCUGUGUGUUUUGCUCAGUAUUUCUUUUCCACAAUGACCCAGACCUUAUGGAGGGAUAGUGGAGGCCAUUUUUGGAUUACAGUUAGAGCUAAUGGAAUCAAUUACUGUAUUGUCCACAUUGCUUUUAGGAGACAAUACAUUUAAGGUGUAAUUCUCAUGUCAUUUUAUGUACUGUAGGGAAUGAUUAUCAAAGACACACUUUCAGUUAUAGUAUGCAGUGCCACUUAAUUAAAUGUAAAUUUAGCCAUGUUGGAAAACUAACAGCAAUGGAACGCCACAGCCGAGGAUGAACCGGCGCAUAUGUGUAAUGUGAAAGGUAACCCGUGUUUGCAUUGUCAGUGUACUAGUAGCUUUCUGUGAGUGUGUAAUAGAGGGUGUCACACUGUUUGCCCAGCCUGGUCUCCAGAGGUGCUCCGUGUUGGCACUUUGAGCUGUGAUGUUGACAUGCCGAUAACAUAACCUUCCCCAUCCUAAAUGCCUCGACCAAGUGCCCAAGUGUAGUUCUUUCCCACAUUUAGACUUUUCUAUAGUUUCAUAUAUAGACACUAGCCACUCUCCGGGGAUUGGUUAUUGAUAUUAUUUAUUAUUUAAAUCACAAAUUCAAGGCAUAAGGCUUCUUUAGUUUUCAUCUGGGCACAAUCCAUGUCAAGCAAUCCAACCCCACGUAGUCCUAGCAACUAGCUCUGAUCUCAG